AUGUCCCGCUCCUUCUACGUCGACUCCUUAAUCAUCAAAGACUCCUCGAGGCCGGCUCCGUCCCUGCCUGAGCAUCAUCACGGCCAGGACUUCUUCAUCCCUCUCAGCAUGCCUUCUCCCCUCGUCAUGUCGGUGUCGGGCCCGGGCUGCCCGUCCCGAAAGAGCGGCGCCUUCUGGGUGUGCCCGCUCUGUGUCAACCUCGCACCUGCACUCCUCCCGGUUGCAAGCUGCGCGAGCAGUUCGACCCAACGAGCGGGUCGCACACGCGGACGAAAAGGCGCCGCGUGCAUCUUCAUUCUCCGGUGACUGCACGAAGAGGUUCCCCAGGCGUGCGAGGCCAGUGCGCCCGCGGACCGGUCAACGCUCACCACCCGCGCAGCACCGCCGCCCGCGCCCGGUGCCGCCGCCGCAGCCCUGGGACACCCUACGCAUCCACCCACCGCCUGCGCCGCCACCACCUACAGCGUCAGCGACCCCCGGAGGUUUCACUGCCUCGGCAUGGGAGGGUCCGAAUCCAGCCAAAUUCAAAACGGGAAACGUAUGAGGACAGCUUUUACCAGCACCCAGCUCUUGGAGUUGGAGAGGGAAUUCUCCUCCAACAUGUACCUGUCCCGGCUGCGGAGGAUCGAGAUAGCCACGUACCUGAACCUGUCCGAGAAGCAAGUGAAAAUCUGGUUCCAAAACAGGAGGGUGAAGCACAAGAAAGAAGGCAAAGGCACCCAGCGAAACUCUCACGGGGGCUGCAAGUGCAGCACCAGCCAGGGGCACUACCCCCGGUCGGAGGACGAAGAAUCUCUAUCCCCCUCAUCGGCUACAGAGGAUAAAGAGGUCUCCCCGUUAUGA